CGGCGGUGUAAAAGCACUGAGUCUGCGCAAUAGCAGCGCACUUUUUCGGUUCUGCGACAGUGGAAUAAAAAUGACAAAGUGAUGCUGAAGGUGAUGGCGGCGAGGCGUGUGGAGGUUCUGGGUCUGUACAGGAGGGUUCUUCGGCUCUCUCGCAGCUGGCAGGCUCAGUCAGGACUUACACAUGAUACAGAUACAGAGAGAAAGUACAUCACACAGGAGGCACGCUCUCUGUUCAAACAGAACCAACACCUGACAGACCCAGAGUUAAUCAGUAAGUGCGUAGCAGAGUGUGAGGCUCGGAUCGAGCUUGGUCUGCAUUACAGAAAUCCAUAUCCCAGACCUUCGUAUCUUCCUCCGAUGGGUUUGGCCACUCAGAAAGGCAGUAAGCUUCGAGGACAGCAACGACUCAGGAAACAAGCCAAGCCUGUUUAUUUACAGUCCCACCAUGAGACAUAACACACACACACACACUGUCAUGUUGUGUUAACUGAUUGUGUAUAUACUGCUAUGUUAAAUAAAAAGUGUUUCUAGUGUUGAAUGUAA